AUGUCUUUCGUCGGCGGAGGCGCUGACUGUUCAGCCAACGGCAAUGCUAUUGCCCAAUUCAACAAACACACCCAAGAAGACAGAUCCUUACAGAGACAGAGUGCUGGCCAAGGUCCCGCCCUCCAAGGCCCGGGGUUCAAGCAGGACAACUUGAUGAACGCUCGUGAAAGACAGAACAUGGAACAGUUCAUGAACGGCAGCGGUGGUGCCAGCAGCUUCCAGUUCCAACCCAUGCGCCACGAGUUGAACAUGAUGCAAGCAGGACCCGCUGUGAACCACCAGCAACCCCAGCAGCAGUGGAGUGGCGAAUUCCAGACCCACAGCCCGUCACCAGUGUCGCACCAAAGCACUGGAAAGGUCGGCAGCCCCAUCAACUCGCAGUGGGCAUCUGAGUUCCAGCAGAAGCCCAUGGACCAGGCCAUGCACUCACCCCAGUCCCAAUACACCACCAUGCCCUCGAUGAGAAUGGGCGGAUACCGUCCCAUGAUGGGUAUGUCCAUGAUGGGCGGUGGCUUGCACCACCAACAGGUGCAGCCAGCAGGCGCUGCCCAACAGGCCCAGGAGCCCCAGGUGGACUGGGACAACCACUUCAAGGAAAUCGAGGAGUUGACCAACACAGCCAAAGAGGCCGAGGCCGAGGCAGUGGAACGUGCCGAGUCCCCAGAAUUCGUCAUUGACGACAAGUACCAGGCUACCUUCCAGGAGGUGUGGGACGGGUUGAACUCAGAAGCGGUCGAGAACGACUUCAUCAACCAACAGUACGAAGACUUCAAGAACACCCAGCGCGAGCCACUCCCAGCUGAUUUGAGCCAGUGGGAAAAGGACUUCGCCAGAUAUGCAUCCACCAGAGCCCAUUUCGGCGACUACCAAUUCGAGAACAAGGAACACAACCAAUUCUUGGACUUGCCCAAGGAAACCGACCUCUACGAAAUAGGGUUACAGUUGAUGGAAAAUGGGGCCAAGCUUUCCGAGGCCGCUUUGGCCUUCGAGGCCGCUAUCCAGCAAGACGAGGGCCAUAUCAACGCCUGGCUCAAGUUAGGAGAAGUCCAGACUCAAAACGAAAAGGAAAUAGCCGGUAUAUCUGCCUUGGAAAGGUGUUUGGAAUUGCACCCCGAAAACUCAGAAGCCUUGAUGACCUUGGCAAUCUCCUACAUCAAUGAAGGUUAUGACAACGCAGCGUUCGCUACCCUCGAGAGAUGGAUGUCCACGAAAUACCCCCAAGUUGCAGACCGUGCCCGUGAAGAAAAUCCAGCCAUCACAGAUGAAGACAGGUUCUCUUUGAACAAGAGAGUGACCGAGUUGUUCAUAAAGGCUGCCCAACUCUCGCCCAACCAGGCCAAUAUGGAUGCAGAUGUACAGAUGGGAUUAGGAGUCUUAUUCUACGCGAACGAAGAUUUCGACAAGACUAUCGACUGCUUCAAAGCAGCCUUAACCAUUAGGCCCGACGAUGCGGUAUUGUGGAACAGAUUGGGAGCCUCGUUGGCAAACUCCAACCGUUCUGAGGAGGCCGUGGACGCUUACUUCAAGGCACUUUCCUUGAAGCCAACCUUUGUCAGAGCCAGAUACAACUUGGGGGUGUCGUGUAUCAACAUCGGAUGCUACAAGGAGGCUGCAGAACACUUAUUGAGUGGAUUGGCAAUGCACCAGGUCGAGGGCGCCCAAGACAACUAUAGUCCCACCAACCACAACCAAUCCACUGCAUUAACCGAGACGUUGAAGAGGGCGUUCAUCGCCAUGGACAGAAGAGAUUUGGUAGAAUUGGUCAAACCGGGAAUGGACUUGAACCAGUUCAAGGGCGAGUUCAACUUCUGA